AUGCAGGCCGUCAUCUUUCUUGAGGCCACCACUCUUGUCCAGGGACGAGCACAGCGUCUGGUUACUUUUACUCCUGGUCUUGGCCAACAGCAGGCUGAAGCUGGUGCUGGUGCUGAUUCUGGCUCUACACACUGCAGUGGUGAUGGUGAUGAUGAUGAUGAUGAUGAUGACGAUGAUGGUGAUGCGGCAACGGCGAGCGAAAUUGUCCCAAUCCAAGGGCUCUGUUGUGCGAGGACGGACUAUUUGGAGGCGGCUAACCGCUGCCAGGUCUCAGCAUCCCUGUAUACAUCCCCACCAGAAGCUAGCGGGCUAAGCGGCCUGAUGUUAUUUGCCCAGCAGUCAGAGAAUCUCUCGACUCUGGCUGGUGCCACGCACGAUGAGGUGUCGUCUGCUUCUUCCUCUGCUUCCUGUUCUUUGUGGGAUCCCAGAUGGGAGCUUAGCAGCCCUAGCAGCAUGUGCAUGUAUGUACUUGUAUCAUUGACGGCUGUUGUCAUUAGCAGCAAGCAGUUAUUAGUAGGUACGCAGUGGGCAGGUACCUGUCUAGCAGCCGCCAUAGCGCCUUUGAGCAUGGAGCAUGGAGCCUGGCUCCCCUAUCGUCUGCCCUCGCUGAAAUUCCGAGGACAAGGAAGGACAAUUGAGCAUGCCUCAGGUACCCAAUCAUGGCUCAACCUCUGCUUCCGCACAAGCCACUUGUUUUCAACAGCUGGGCUGAUGAUAGCAGCAGCAACAGCGGCAACAGCAGCACGCCCGUCACUUUUCGUUGCCUUCUUUGCCCCCUUUUUACCCAUUUUCUACACUCAUUCAGCGACCCGACCCGAUGCCGCCGCCCGACCGGAAUCGCUGAGUGGCGCCACUACGGUCCAGCAGUCGCUUUGGCCGCUGCCCUUGUGA